UUUGCCCAAAUUUACGAUUCCCUUUUUUGGGCAGAAAUUUGAGAGGUUAAAAAUGGUUGAUUCUUCUCAUUCAAAGAGAACUUGAAAUGACGACAGUGUAACCAUCGCAGUUUCAAUUUCAAGUUCUGCGGGCUCAAAUAUUUCCACCACCAUACUGUCAGUAGCUGCAAGUUUCCUCCUGCAAACAUGCAAAGCAUCAGAAAUUCAAUCUUGAAGCACAUGAAGAUCAGAGGACCUAAUAAUACUACAAAACAGUUGAUGAAGGAUGAGAAUGUAAUCGAGAAACUAACUCGCUGUUUGUGCGCAUCAACAGGUAGAAGCUCCAACGAAAUAGCUGAUCGAGUGAUUGGAUUGGUUAAGAAGUUUGAUAGAAUCGAUGCCUGUAAGGUUACUGAAACGGCUGAUUUCCAGAAAGACUUAAGCCUGGACAGCUUAGACAGGGUGGAGCUUGUUAUGGCUUUUGAACAAGAAUUUUCCAUUGAUAUCCCAGAAGAACAGGCAGAUAAGCUUACCUGCUGUGCCGAUGUAGCACGAUACAUAACUUCUCAAGUAGAGGAAAAGAAAGAGGAGAAGCUUUGACCGCAACUUCAGUUUUUUUCAUCUUUUAUGAUUUAUCAUCGUUUAAUGCCCAUUAGCCUGAUCUUUCUAUGUUAUUUCAUUUUUUUGUGUGGGAUUUGAUCGUCUAUCAGGCUCUGCAAUGUUUGUUAGAAAACACAUGAGAUCUCUUUGGCUCCCAAUUGAUUUUUGAUGAGUACAAUUACAACCUUGUGAGUAAAUUCAACUGUGGAAAACUCGAUGCACCCGAUGCGUAUGUCAUAUAUGGUAUGAAAUAGAUUGGUGUAAUACCUAGAUGUUUCUAUACAGAACAAUACAUAUCAAUGUAAACUCAAUUUAUCGUGC